UCGUGUGGUCGAUGUCGGAUCUCGCGUGAAGUCAGGCGAGGUACUCAUUUCCUUACAACUGCUUCAUAAGCGGACUUCGCGGACUCUGUAGAGGAUGUCAUAAGUCUCUCACUGCAUCCACCCAACAUGAGUAACAUCGUUUGUAUAUGUGUUUAUCUCUCACUCUUCUGUCAAGGGGGACUUUCACAGAAUGACACUGCAACAUGUCCGCCGCUCCAGCUCGACUCGACUCUAGUGGCCACUGACAACGUCACUUCCGUCGAGGCUGGGAGUGACGUCAAUGUCACGUGUGAGACUGGCUUCACCUUGCCAGACGGACAGAAGACACAGAAUCUACGCUGCCAGCUAAACAUUACAGGCAAUGCAACAUGGGAUGGGUCGUUACAAAGCUGUUCACCCGCGACGUGCACAACCAUCCCGGAAGUGACGAGUGCCCACGUGACGUACAGCUCGGUGACGUAUGGAAGUGUGCUCUCUAUAACGUGUUCAUCGGGGAGGUUCCGAGACAUCUACCCCUCGAGACUCAACCUGUCCUGUAACGCCACGGGGGAGUGGGAAGUGCAGGACGUCAACACCACCACCCUCGACUGCAAAUCUAUGACAAUCGGGUACGUCGGGUGCCGACAGUCCUCCACCGGGGCUCUGAACGUGUCCCUCUCAGGAACAAGUAGCCACAGUCACUGCCUCAUUCACUGCAGGGAUAACAACAUGCUCUACAGCGGCUUUCAAGGAGGCGACUGCUACUGUGGAAACCUCACCGCGUUCGGAACCAACGUGAACAACACCGGCUGUAACACGUCUUGUGGUUACAACCCCGACGUCAUGUGUGGAGGGGCAGACGGCAGGAUGAGCGUCUAUGUGACCUUUGAUGGCUGUUAUUCUAUGACCAACUCAAGCGUCUUCAUGUCUUCGUUACCCAUUGUUGGCAAAAGUUAUGUAACAUGUAAGGAACAUUGCCGUGGACUUGAUUUUCCAAUAGCCAUGGUAACUAGAUCCUACCUUUGCCAAUGCACCAACACGACGUCUGGUAUCAGUGCUGUGCGGAUCUCCCCCGACGUGUGUAAUCUGCCGAUACAAGACCUUGUGAGACCGUUCAGCGCCGCGACAACCGUCCGCGUGUGGACACUAGAGCAGGAGCCGCUGCUGGCUGACAGCUGCGAGAACCUCUACAAGGGCGGCAUCUGCAUGCACGGCUACUACUACACCUCCAACAACACCAGGAUCUACUGUCGCUUUAAAGAUGACACGGUGUGCGACGACUACUGGGUCGGAUACAACGGCAGCUGCUACUACUUCAGCAAAUUCACCGCGACGUUCAGCGCCUCCUACAGCCACUGCCUGUCACAGAACGCGCAUCUGGUGGCCAUACAGUCGAGCCAGGAGCAGCUGAUUCUUAAGGAAGCAUUCUACAAUUUCCGUAACUUUCGAGCUCGGAAUAAUGCGUGGUUUGUAGGGUUGUACGACGCCCGCGAGAGCGCAUCCUUCCAGUGGACUGAUGGCGGCCUCGUGUCCUACACCAGCUUCCUCUCCAGCGAACCCAGCCGACCCUUCCAGGAGCGCUGCGUGGUAGUUGCCCGUGAAGACGACGACGUCAGCUGGUACGACCGGGAAUGUAGCGAUGAAGAAAACUUCAUCUGUGAAAGACGACCAGACUGGUAUUACGGUUGUUUGGAAGUCGCAACAGCGGACCUGAGUGCGGCCUUGACCCAUGAGAACAUGACUCUGACUCUGUGUUCCCAGAAGUGUCUGUCUGUGUCACGUGCGUAUUCUGCCGUCAGUAACAGGACAUGCUUCUGCGUUGAUACAGUCCCGAGUCACGUGACACUCGGGUGGUCGUCAUGUGACGUGAAAUGUCCUGGUCACAUGUUUCAGCCGUGCGGCGGUGCGUCCGCAAAUCCAGACAAGACGGUCAUCUUCGUCACCGGAGGAGGGUCGCCCCCCGCCCCGGCAGAGGGAUGUGAGGAGCUUGAGUUGCAGGGCCUCACGAACAAUACGUUUGUCACAGCUCAUGGUGAAGUCACGUGCACAACAAGUAACAGUGUGCUGUGUCCGUUCUCCUGGGUGAACAUCGAGGGUCACUGCUACAAGUUCAUGGUCGGCAGGACCGACAACCCUGCCACAUCGUGUAGCCAACUGGGAGCCUAUCUAGUCUCACUCACAGAUGCGCACGAACUUGCGCAGGUCCGAGAGAUCAUCAAUAGGGCUGUGACUCUGCGCUACUUUGACUGGUGGUUGACGGGACUCGUGGAUAACGACAACAACAACGUAUACCGCUGGAGUAACGGACAACUAUUCAACUCAUCUGCGUUUUAUCUCUCCGUGACCAAUGACAAUUCCUUCUUCGCUUUCCACAGAGACAGCAACAGCUCUGAACUGAUCACAGCCGACCCCAGCAAGAAUCCCUUUAUCUGUGAGAAGGGUGACGAUUACGUAGGUUGUUUCGACGUACCGACUGAUGCGGCCAUCUUGGUUGACUAUGAAGACAUGACGAUACCAGUCUGUGUUGAACUCUGUAGGGGUCAAGGUCAAACCUACGCCCUCCUUGACGUCACAUCCUGUUGGUGUAGUAGCACCAUCUCCAUGGCCAGUGCCAAAUCGCCAACAUCGUGUACAUCUAUGUGUCUGACUAACAAGGGACAGAUGUGCGGGGGACCGGCGCAUGUGUCCGCCUACAGCGUCGCUGCCUUCCCCGAGUACGCCAAAUCCUGCAGUGACUUCUUCAACCAGGGCAUCAUGGUACCAGGGACCUACAUCUUGGACGGCACACCGGCCUACUGCAUUAUGUCAGAUAACUCCACCUGCCCCACGAGCCCCAACACUUCCUUCACAGGGUUGGGUCACGCCGGAUACUGCGUGCUGUUUGGGUUCGAGUCUAAGCGAGAGGAUGACGCGAUGACGGAUUGUCGUAGCUGGGGUGGCGUCUUGGCGUCUACGAGAGACGCGGGGGAGAUGACCUUCCUCCGACAAGUGAUCAAGUAUUCCAAAACGUUAAUGUCAAGUAAAUAUGUGACACUUGGUGCUCGGGAUGAAUUUCGAAAUGGUCUAUUUUCUUGGGCGGAUGGAUCACUGAUGAAGCACGGGGUAGCAGCCCCGGGCACAAACUUCACAGCCGGCACUGGAGGAGUCAGAAUGAAAACUUUGUCUGGGGUUAUGUACACAAAGAAGUCAGAUGACAAACGCUUCAUGUGCACAACAGAGAAAGAAUAUGAUGCUUGCUAUGACAACAACAACCAGAUUCAGCCAAUUGUAGCCAAUUAUUCUACGAUGACCUUUACCUUGUGCCGACAGCUCUGUUUGGGUCAAGCCAAAGAAAUAGCCUUGCUCCACGUCGCCAAUUGUUACUGCGCAAGUGUUGACGAGCUAUCGAACUUGAAUAAAGUAACCUCUGACCCCGGAUGUGAGGUCAGCUGUCCAGGUCACUCGGGUCAGAAUUGUGCUUCCGGUUCAAAGCUAAGGGCCUACAGAAUAUGGCAUGAUGAUCUCCCCGAGAGCUGCAGCGUCUUGUACGCCAGUGGGGUGCUGUACCGGGGACAAUACCUCAUCAACAACACCAUUACGGGCACGGCCGAGACUCGGGAGUGCGGAUUUGACAUUCACGACAUUAAUUGUCCUCCUGGGUGGAUCGGUCACAACCGGACCUGUAUUCAAGUAAACCCCAGCGCCAAAUCUCAGACUGGUGCCGCCGAGUUAUGUUUCGAGUCUGGCGGGCAUCUGUUCACUCCAGGACAUUCAGACACCGUCCAGUACAUAGCGGAUCUCAUCAACGCCGUCCCGGUGUGGGCACACUACUCAAAAUGGCGGACAGGAGCACGCGAGGUGAUGCUGGAGGGUCACGUGAUGCUAGCAGACGGCACAUAUAUGACGUCGGCUGAGUUGGCGGCCGAUACAUUCAAGGAUGACGGCUGCAUCGUUGUCGACGUGGGCACUUUGAAACUACAGAGGUACAAUUGUAGUGCCGAGCUACCGUACAUCUGUGAGACAGCACCAGUUUCAGUUUCAUCCGGAUGUCACGUGACAGGGUCGUCGCCUAGCAACACUGUCACUUUAGCUGAACAGAUGUCGGUUUCUCAAUGUAUGGAGUUCUGUAGGGGCCAGAAUGAAUCCCACUUUGCCCUUAACGGAAGUACGUGCGAGUGUUACGCCUCCUAUGACGUCAUCAGUUCGGGCAUAUGUGACACAGGGUGUCGGGUCCAGCCCUUCCAGCAGUGCGGGUCCAAUGGAUCUAACGAAUCCUCAUUCUACGACAUAGCUUCCUACACCGCCGCCAUCUUGUCGUCUUGUACACAGCUGCAGCAGUACGGCGUGACGAUGCCAGGCUGGUACCAACUGCAACGCAACGCGGUAACGACACUGGUACAGUGUUUCGUCUACGGGGCGGGCUAUGAACCGAUACUAGGGUCCAGCUCGGGGGGCGUGUCUGCCUCCAGUGAGACCCCAGGCCACCCUGCUGCACACGCAAGACUGGGCUCUGGCCUGGUGUCCCCGAGUAGUUGGAAACCCGCCGACACUCCCUCCUGGCUGCAGGCGAAUUUCCACGCCCAGUACCUCGUCAAGGCGGUGCUCACACAAGGGGGUCAGUCCCUGGCGUACCAGGCGUGGGUGACCUCCUUCAGCCUCCAAUACAGUGUCGACAGUGGCGGGACGUGGACGCAAUACUCCAAUUCGAUGAGCGGAAACACGGACAGAUCUACUGUGACAAACCAUUUCUUCCCCGACCCCUUCGUGUGUGACAGCAUCCGACUGGUCCCAGAGACAAGCGCCGCUGCCGCCGCCAUGAGAGUCGAGUUCCUUGGGGAGCUCUAUCUCAACUUUAAUCAUUCUGAUCGCUAUGUCGGAUGCUUUGCGGAAUCCGAUUUUGUAUCCCAGGGUACAGUGACAUCAGCAGAUGACUGCCUGGCUGCUUGUACUUCUACAACCAAGUACCCGUUCAUGGCCCUAGCCGACGCCGGGGGGACGACAGAGUGCACGUGUGGGGCAUCUGUUGGUCAUCUCGGUCAAGCCGACAGCAGCCGCUGCAGUCACACGUGUGUCCUCUCUACUGGUGGAUACACGUGUGGUCAGACACCGAACAAUGGUCUGGCUGUCUACAGGACGUUCGAGAAAAAAUGCCCAGAACUAUCAACUCCCGCAAACGCCACGUCGACUGUGUCAAAGGUCUACAACGUUCCGGGCAUCAUGACGUUCCAGACUCAGAUGACGUACACGUGCGUCACUGGCUUCGAGUUCCCAGACUCCUCAACAGCCAAGUCUGUUUCAUGUCUGCAGUCUAAUGUAUGGAAUGAAUCGAUUCCCGACUGCCAAGUGAAACACUGCCCGGCACCUACGGACCCCCUGAAUGCCACGCGAGACGGCAACGACACCGUGUAUGGCACCGUCAUCACCUACACCUGCGACCCUGGUUACGUCAACAACAUGGGGCUGACGACGCAGACUACGACGUGCAGCGACUCCAAGACGUGGAGCGUGACGCCGGAUGACUGUACACCCCGUCCAUGCGACGCUGUGCCUGUCUUGGAGAACGCCGACGUACUUGAGAGCGUCGCCGGCGUUGUUUACGGCGUCGUGAUCACCUACAAGUGCCGGCCCAGCUCCAUGUUCUCCGACAACAGCACCGUAAAGACGUCUGGGUGUGACCAGGAUGGACGGUGGUCAGAACCCUCUUCAGGCUGUCAAUUUUACCGGUGUCCCGGGGCUCCAUAUCUCCCGGGGGCAACGUACGAGUACCUAGACGCCUUCUCGGUGCGCUACACCUGUAAGUCCGACUUCUCCUUUGACGAUGGAUCAUCAGAGGUCAACUCCACGUGUGGCCCCGAUAACACAUGGUCUGACGUCACCGUGAAGUGUGUGUUCUCAGCGUCGUCCCGCAAGCGUGAGACAAGCGUGUGUCUCAGCAGGAGAGAUCACAGGAUUGUUGGAGACGUGGUGCAAACCUCAUCACGGAGCCGUCUGGGAUGCGGCGUCAUCUGCCUCCAGAACCCAGCAUGUCGCUACUACAACUACCACAACGACCCUACCCUCACCGAUAACUGUCAAUUGUACGUCGACACGAUGGCGUCUUCGAUCUUUGAAGCUAACACCGGGUGGGACAGUUACAACCUGAGAGACACCUGCUAGAUCCCGCGGGGAGGUGUCCAGCGUAGAAAGGCCAUACCCUGUGAACAGCGAUUAUCUCCUCCUGAAGGAUGAUCUCGACCUUACUCCAGGGGGCACUAGGGGUCACACGUUGGGCGAUUUACGUCUCCUCUGUGAUGCAGACAUGAUAAGCACAUUCCACAACAGAGAAUGGAUUAGAUAUCACUCAUUGGGUUAAUUGUUAUUAGAAACUCUAAUGGACAGUCGCUUUUCAGAGAUCAAAACCGUUUUCAUUAACGAAAAGCUGCUAGUUCGGUAGUGUCUGGUCAUCCAAUGUUACAGUAAUAUAUGAGGACAGAAGUCGGGUUAGAUCGAAUGCUCAUUAUGCAGACGUGUUAAUAAUAUUGCCCUAGUCGCAUGUAGCAACCUGAUCGCGCUAACUUAGUACAGGUGUGGCGAGACUCGUCAACAGGUGACAUGUGGGCUGUGAAUCAGUCGCUUCAGAAUACACUCCCAAGUGUCUCUCAGCGUCUUUUUCAGUUGCAAUAUAUGCUGUCGGCCUCGAGACGCUUCUCCCAGUUAAGACAUUCACUGUCGGUGUCUCUGUCAGUUAAAAUAUACACUGCCUCGACACGGCUGAUCAUACGUAAUCGAGGCUUGGGUGGUUUUCCUCAUACCCCACUCACUAAUUUGUCUGGUCCAUGCUUGAUUUUUGACAAGUCGCCGUCAUAUAGCUGGAGUAGUUUGAUGACUGCGGCGCUAGACAAUAUGCAAUCAUUCACUCACGUUCAUCCAAUACGAUACGAUACACAUUACCGGUGUCUCAUUCUCAGUCACGAAAAAUAAUGUAGGCAUAUCUUUGUUAAAAUAUAAACUGGCGGAACAAACACUGAACGACACCGUGUGGUUCCUCCAGUGUGUUUGUUUAUGAAGACAUGGUGGAAAACGCAACUGUUUUUGCUGCUGAUGUGAUAUCUUUAUAUGACAAUGGCGCAACAUACACACUACUUGCAUCCACCUGGAGAUGGCAUCACCCCCAUCUCAUGCUUUGUUUGUUGUUUAACGCCGCACUCAACAAUAUUCAAGCUAUAUGACCUCGGUCUGUAAACAAAUCGAGUCUGAAGCAGAUAAUCCAGUGACUGACAUUAUGACCUCUCUGUACGCAAUUGGGAUACGAUGACAUGCAUUAACUAAGUCAGCGAGCCUGACAACCUGAUCCCGUUAGUCGCCUCUUACGACAAGCAUAGUCGCCUUUUAUGGCAAGAAUGGGUUGCUGAAGACCUAUUCUACACUGGAUCUCCCCAGGCCCCCGUCUCAUGUAUUACAAACAGGUGUCCUCUGAACUCGGUUGAACGUACAAUGUAGCCUUAGUGAUCAACGCUUUUAAUUUAAUAUAUUGUUACUUGUUAUUUAUUAUACACGUUGAUAAAAUGUGAA